AUGGCGGAGGGCGCAGCAGCGCUGCGCACGUUGUCCCCCUUUCAUCUUGCCGCAGCUCACCUGGAUGGCGCAAAAACUUGCUGUCUCAUCAUCGACAUCAUGGCCGGAUCCUUGCAAAUUGGAGCAUCCGUUUCCGCUACUUACCGCAACGAUUUGGGACAUACAGUUCUAGACUCAUUGAUGAUCACGAUCCUCCGAUCACACACUUCAGUGGCUCCCGCGGUUGUCAGUAAGGGAUUCGAGAGCCAAUCCAGGUUUCCCGGUGAAGAAGUCGACAUCUGCGGGAGAUGGGAUGCCGAUACGCCCUGUGUUCGCCAGCUUUACGCAUCUGCAGGGUGGGCGACGAUAAGCUUAUCGCCGAUAUAUUGA